AUGGAAUCAGACACAAAUAUUUCUUCGCUCGUGUAUCUUGGUGAUAAAAUUAAUUUUUAUUGUCCAAUUAUUAUUAUCAUUAUUGGAACUAUUGGAUGUUUGUGUAAUUUUAUCACAUUUACUUCUCGUCAAUUAAGAAAAUCCUCAUGUUCCCUAUAUUUCCUUGGCGCAGCUAUAUUUGAUCUCAUCACACUUGAUUUUGGAACAGUGACAAGAUUCCUUUAUGAUCAUUUUAAAUAUGAUGUACUAAUGCAAUCACAAGUUUUUUGCAAAUUACGGAUGUAUAUUGCUAAUGUUGCACCAGCAAUUGCUACAUGUUUUAUUGUCUUAGCAGCACUGGAUCGUUUUAUGUCAACUUCAUCAAAGCUUAUCUAUCGAUCCUUUGCUACAAUGAAACGUGCCAAAUGGAUAGCUACUUUUUCUUUAGUCCUUUGCUUUUUGUCAUAUCUACAUUAUAUGAUUUUUGCUCAAUUGAGACCUACGUGUAGUUUACAAAGAGGUGCAUAUAGUGUCUUUACAAUAGUAUAUAGUAUAGUAUGGACAUCAUUUAUUCCACAUUUUCUUAUGCUCUCGUUUGGUUUUGGUACACAAUAUCAUAUCCGCUCAACAAGACAGCGAGUGCUUCCAUUCAAUAGUCACCAAAGACGAUUACAACGUACAGAAACACAAUUUAUUACAAUGACACUAUUUCAAGUUGGUCUAUCAUCUUUAUUAAUUUUAACUCGAAUGUCUUAUUAUUCAUACAAUGUAAUCACAAGUGGUACACAGAGAACAGCUUAUCAAGAAGCAUUGGACAGAUUUUUUGCUCAAUUAACAACACAAUUCUUCUAUUUGAAUUAUGCUAAAUCAUUUUAUGUUUAUACAUUAUGUAGUAAAUAUUUUCGAACAUUAUUCAAGGAAAGAAUGAAAAAAAUUUAUCGUCGAUUACUUCCUUGUAGAAGGAAUCAUGUGGGUAGACAUCAACGAAAUCCAAAUGGACGUACAAUUGAAGGUUUACAAGCAAGACAUGCCCAAGGAAACUCUUGA